AUGGACGAUUUACGGGAGAAAUCCCCGUCUACUCCACAAGCGACGCCAUCCCAGAAUCCGCCCGUUGCGCAGACAUCACGGAGACUGCGUGCGCGAGACGUGCAGGCGCCAAGAUCAAACCCAACCGUAAAACCUCCUAGAAACCCCGACAGAAACGGAAUGAAACCUGAACAGAAUUACGGGAACCGAACUGCCACACCCCACUCAAUUGACGUUCAAGGAACGAGGGGUGAUCGGUCCCAAACCUCUCAGUCGGCAUCCAGUGACAACGUCUCGUCUGGCAUGGAAGAAUCUGAGCUGAGAAAAUUCCUCCAAUUUCUCCAAGGCACAAUUAAUGCUUACAAGCUCGAUCACCGUAAACUUAGGCGUUCCCAGGGUGCAAACAGGUCCACGCCCCCCAAACAUAUUGCUCCAAACGAGAGUUAUUAUAAGGGAACAAAAUUAAUGGACGUGAUUACGCACGCUCUUGGUGAUAAUAACUCAAAGAACCUUACUGGUGGACGGUCAACUCGAUAUUUCCGACCCAAAUUCCCUGAAGACCGCUCUGGAAGACUUCGAUGA